GGAGCUUUAAGUCUUCCUUCCCCGAACUCCACUCUAUCUCUCUCUCUCUCUAUCUCACCAUUGACGAUCAACUGACGGCUGAACUCACAUUUUCUCUCUCGGAUAGCUCGAUCCCUUGCUUACUACUUUCGCUCUAGCUAUUUCGCUCUCAUGAUCAUACUGCAUUGAUAAGAAUACGUGCUACUACUUUUGGUGAAAUGAGUGGCAGCAGAAAACGCUGUUCUAAGUGGGAUUCAAAGGAGGAGCGGCAAUAUUCUCUUGAAAAUGUACGAGACGCUGCUUGGCCUGCGAAAGCAGGUGUGAGUUUUCAUGAUAGAGAAUCAGAACAUGGGUAUUUUUCUCCAGAGGUUGGUAGGAAUGGCAACAAGUGGUCUUUUAUGGAAGCCAGUGACAUGAUGAAAUCUAAGCAUGGACUGCCUUCAAGGGAAUCUUUAACCGGAGGCAGAGGUGCACGAAAGGAUGAUAACAUCAAUGUUGACUGUGUCAAAAAUUGGAAAACUACAUCUCCGUGGGAUGGGGAUGAGACCUACAGCAUGAGAAUGUCUCCUGGUCUUGAUGAUUGGAGGCAACAAAAUCGUCGCCAUUCUCCUAAAAGUGAUUGGAGCAGGUCUCAAAGUUUUACCCACAAAAGCAGGAGUAGGAGCUGGAGCAGGAGUCGUAGUAGAAGCAGGAGCCGAAGUCCAGUUCGUGGCAUUAGGCGGCAAUCAGGAUUCCAUGAAAGAACCAGAAGCAGAUCUGGAGUGUCAACUCAAAUAUGUAAAGAAUUUAUGGCUGGGAGAUGCAGGAGAGGCAGUCAGUGUCAGUUUCUUCACCAAGAUAUUCAAAGUCAUGAGGAUGGUUGGGAUAAUAGACAAAAGAAAGCUGGGGGUUCAAAAUAUUUUACUCCGAAUGAUGGUAAAGAGUAUCUGAUAAAGAGUGGAAGGUCUACUGAUUGCUGUAAUGAUUAUCUGAAAGGUAAUUGUCGCAGGGGGGCAUCUUGUAGGUUUGCUCAUGAUGGUGCCUCUGAUGGCUUCAGUAGAGGAUCCAUAAAUGAGGUAAGUAGGGAAAGAGAAAGCAACAAGAGGAACAGAGUUGCAACUCCAGAGCGAGAUGGUGAGCGUGAAGCUCGAAGAAGUGAUGUUCCUUGCAAAUACUAUGCUGCUGGAAAUUGUCGUAAUGGAAAAUAUUGUAGGUUUUCUCAUCAUGGUCAGGCACGUGCAAGUCCUGAAAGGUCACGUGGUGAUAGGGGGGGAUGGGGUCAAAGUUUGGUUAGUGUGGAUAAAUUACGGGAUGGUGCAAAAUUUAGAGAUGCAGAUGCUUCAUAUAAUGUGGAGAAAUCUAGAAAUGGUCCAAAAUGGAGUGAUGCUGAUGCUUCAAAUGAAGCAAAGAAAUCCUGGGCUGGUCCAAAAUGGAGUGAUGCGGAUGCUUCAAAUGAUGUGGACAAAUCUUGGACUGGUUCAAAAUGGGGUGAUACAGGUACCUACUCAGGUGCAGCAAAUAUGAGCAAGGACAUUAAUGGAAAAGUGGGUGCCUCAGAAUCAAGAUUCCCUGAUUGGUCCAUGGACGAGAGAUGGCAGCAUAAUUAUGAUGUAAGUGGAAAGAGCAGUGAGACUAAAGUGCAUUAUGAAACAGUUGAUAUUGACAAGGAUGAAGCAAUUCCAAGGAAGAUAGAAAAUGCUGGUCUUAGUACUGGUGUAUCUGAACCAAGGGGUGCUGAAGAGUCACUUGGUGAUAUGGAGAUGUCUCCUGAGUGGAAUUACAGGAUCCCCUCUUCUGUGAAAAAAGAAACUUCUCAUAGUUCAAAGUCUCAAGCUCCCAUUGACACAUCUUUACCAGCUCAUGAAAAGGAUAUAGCUGAAGAGGCCUCAGGUCGGGUGUGUGAUGGGCUUGCAGCUUCACAGCCAAUCUCAAUUCAGAAAUCUAACUUUCAACAUGACCAUGUGAUGAGGGGGAGCAGUGCUGUUGCAUUGCCAAGUGAUAGCAAUGCUGCUAGCAGAAAUUCUGCUAUUUCACACAUUGAUCUAAAUUUUUCAAGCAACAUCCUGCAAAUGAAAAGCUUUGACCAGCCUGGGCCAAGUUCAAGUUCUUUACCUUAUUCAAACUUAAAAGUAGUUGGACAAAGUCAAGUGGCAAUCCCUUCAGACUCUAAUGAAGUAAAUGUAAAAGUUACGCAAAACAACCUGCUGUUUCAGGAGGAGAAACCAAGCAACAAAAUGAAUAUUGGCGAUACAAAUACAUCGAAUGGUAAUUCUGGAACUCAGUCAACUCAAAACAUGGUAAGCAAUGAACAGCUCACCCAACUUACCAACCUUUCAGCCUCUCUAGCUCAGUUAUUUGGAAAGGGGCAGCAACUUCCACUACUUCAUGUUGCUCUUAAUGCCCAUGAUGCAAUGCAGGUGAAUUCUUUUGCAAGUUCUGGAGGACCUAUUGAGCCUGAUUCCAUGCCAACUGUACAACCAGGUCAAGACGUUACAUUCCUGAAGCAAUAUGACCCUAUAUCUGAUAGCAUUGAGCCUGUUAAGAAGCAGGACACAAAUACUAAGCCUUUGGGGUUUUCAAUACAUCCUGUUGCUCAGAAGAAUACUGCAGAUGGAAAACCAGAACUAUCAGCUAAUAUGUUACUACCAUCAUCUCUUGUGGGUAGCACAAAUGGUGGUGAUUAUCAUAAUGACCACAGUUGCAAAAGAGAGCCUGAUUCCGAUAGCCAUAUGCCAAAUCGGGUGGAGCCUGUUGCAAGUUCUGAGGUGACAAAGGAAAAUGAAGGAGUUGAGGAAACCAAGAAAGCUCAAGAGGAGAAUAAGAAUGGUCCAUCAGAGAAUGUAGAUGCAGAUGAUAGGACUGAUGAGGGCAAGAAGAGCAAAGAUGGUAAGGGGAUUCGUGCAUUUAAAUUUGCACUUGUUGAGUUUGUCAAGGAUCUCCUCAAACCAACAUGGAAGGAAGGUCAAAUUGGCAAAGACGCAUACAAAAACAUUGUGAAGAAAGUUGUUGACAAAGUGACCGCUACAAUGCAAGGAGCUAAUAUUCCUCAAACACCUGAAAAAAUUGAUCAAUAUCUGUCAUUUUCAAAACCAAAGCUUAGCAAACUUGUACAGGCAUAUGUGGAAAAGUUUCAGAAGAACUAAAAGAAACAUGGGAUCGUCCUGUCUUUUUGUUUUAUUAUUUUUAUAGUUAUAUAUUAAGCCGUCAUAUCUUUUGUUUUUUUUUUUCAUUUCUUUAUCCAGUUUCCUGUAGCUUCUAGGAAUGCUAACCUUUUCAUUUUUGUUUAUGUUUUAUUCCUUGGAAGCAGGGUUAGGUAGUGAACUUUAACUCCCUGUAGAUAUUUUGUUAUUUUUGUAUUAGAAGUUAAUAUAUGAUGUUGGCACUUGCUUGUCAUAUGUGGGUAUUUUGUGCCAGUUGUGAUGUU